UAGCUAUUUGUAAAAAUAAUCUAUUGGCUACAAAAUGUCUUUUGAAAUAUUCUAAUAGUAAUAUACAUGACAAAAAGAAUCGUACAGGUGAUAAUCUUAUUCAUCUUGCGGUUCGUCAUGGAAAUUUAGAAAUGGUUAAAUAUUUAAUUGAAGAAGGUAAAUUAAUUAAACAAGGUAAUCAAUUUAAUUCAACAACAACACCAAGUGAAUUAGCUCGAUCACUUAAACAUGAUGAUAUAAUGAAAUAUUUAAAUGAAACAUAUCCUCAAGAAGAUAUUGAUGAAGAUGAUGAUACUGACUCAGAUGAUGAUUAA